GUUUAAACGACUUCAAACAUUUUACGUGGGAGGGCUUCAUAUCUACAUUCGUUACAGCCAAACCAAAUCCUUCACUGCACCGCGUCAAAGUUCGUUCAUAACAACUUUAGAGGAGGCCGUCUCUUGUCGCUUUCUCUCUACCAUGCGGACUUCUGCCAACCGACCACCACCUGUCCUGGCUAAGGCGCGUACUAGGUGGUACUUUCUACUUUUCCUGUCUUAGACUCUUGUCUGGUCGUCGCAUUGCUUCAACUGUGCCUCUGCCGCAUUUCUCUUCAAGUGCUCAUGGCCGACUUUGGUGGCUAUGCCCUGUCUUUUCCUCCUGCGACUUUCCUUCUAUCAUCAUUAGCAUCGUCGCGCGUCUUUUGAAUGACUGCAACUCUGUCGCGCUAUCCUUCCACUGUCCUACCCUUGUCUGCGCCAGGCUGCGCUUCAAGCUACAAUGGAUGUGCCGAUGGCCAUGUCAACCUCAAGUGAGGCUGACAAUGACCCCUGCUGUUGGUCCAUCGAUCGCGUGGUCAAUGAACUUUGCCACAAUCCAACCCCUCUAUGGUCCUCUGCAGAUCGGCCUGAACUGAUUCCAGACCGACAUCUCCUCGAAGGCACCUUGCGGCGCAACCAUGUCAAUGGGGAUAAUCUACUUGCACUAGAUCUUGCCGCACUUAAGGAAGACUUGGAGAUUGCGUCAUUCGGUCAGAGGAGAGCCAUUUUCAAAGCGAUCGAAUACUUUCGUGCUCACUCAGCAACCUACCAGCAGUCGCAAAACAAACUCACAAACUUGCAGUCUGCGCCUCCCAAUCGCGCGAGUCCACAGAUCUCUCGGCCUCGAACCUCGGUUGUCCCGCAGGGUGCAUUUUCAGGAUCGGGGACCCGCCCUACCUCCAAGACAAAGCAAUUCACAAUCCCUCAUUCCCCUCGCAGUGAUAAUAACCAGCUGGCGCUAAUGGGACCGCCCACCCAAAAGAGCAACGCUAGAUCAGAUCGGGCUCAGUCACUCUUCACUCAACCAUCAAAUCGCUCUCAGUCACCCUUCGUUCUUCCGUCCAUUGAACCAACCUUUACCCGUAUCAAAGUCGAGCCAGACGCUUCAUUGCAGAGCCGCGCACUUGAUUCUUUUGCACGUCUCUCCUUGGAGAGGUCAAAGCAAGAGGUCGACAUGGCCCGAGGAAAGAAGAAAGUCGUGCCCACCAAGGUUCUACAAACACAGACUGAUGUCGCAGACGCAGACGGGGUCUCUGGCAACUCGUAUCUCUCGCCAGCCGCUGCGCCUAUCCAGGAUGUAUUCUAUCAAAAAAUCGUACCGCAGAUUAGCGACGAGUUCUACCGUGUUCCCGUUGUUGACGACGCGGAUCCGGAUCAUUUCGUCAUAAUCGCCAAGGCUCCCGCCGGUCGGUCACGAAUAAUGGCGCAGCUCAUGAAUUACUUCCUCCGUCAGCCUGCGGUCAGACUUCCUCACAGUGGGAAUCUCAUCAAGCUUCCUUUCAGCGGCCGGCGCCUCAAGGCUGCAGUUUCCAAGCAAUACUUCACCAUGUUUCCGCCGCGGGGUGGACACCCCACGGUUCAACGCGUGGAAGAUGUGCCGGAAGUGAAGGAGAUUGCUGGUACGUUUGGUGUCGCCGAGGGAGAUGCGAGCGAACUGAACCCUGCUGCCAUAACAUUGGAGGAUGCACCGGACUGGCUGCCGGAUGACAUACUGGCGAAGUACCCACCCUCGGACGAACGACUAGAACUUGAUUAUGGUGACUCUGACUCUGAAGGCGCCGAGGUCGAUGACGAAACGUACAACGCAGCCAUGGCCGAGGAAAAAGAGAAGCCGCCUCAGCCAACUGCUUUAAGCCGCUCCGAAGUGGAAUCCACCAUCGACGAGACCAUUGAAGAAAUGAAACAAGAGUGGCGGAAUACGAAGAUGCCAAAGGUCCAGCUAAAGGCGUAUCGACUUUGGAUGCAAGCUGCGAGAAAGAGAAAUAGACAAGCAGAACUUGCAUACGUCAACGGCGAGAUAGCACGCUCCGAGAGGUUGAAGAACAAGAUCAAGAAGGCCUUGAUCGACAAUAUCUGGCACUCCGUUAGUGAAGUCAAAAAGACGUGUGAGUGUAUCGAAGUUGCCCUAUUCUCACUCGAAGAGUUCGAAUACUGCAAAACAGUCCUUCUCAGAGAUACAGCACCCGAACGUCCCAGCACAGCUUCCCUGCAAAAGGCACGUGUCCGGAAACAAGUGCAACUGGAAGAGGGCGAGGAGGAUCUGGAAUCUGAGUCCGAGCUUGGCAUGGAAGAAUCCGAUGCCAUUGUCGCGGAAGACUCUACCGAUUUAGGUUCUAUUCAUCACGAAGCUGAUCCAGACUGGAAUCCAAUGAUCCCUGUUAUCCGCCGUGAUACGACCAAACAGAACGCAGGUUCCACCACUUCCACCUCAGUUAUGAAGACCGAAGAAGAGGAUGAUAUCAGCAUCUUGGUCGAUGCGCCGGGAGCUGGUACGGAUGCGGAUAUUGACACUGACAUGACUGAGGACGACAUUGUAACCCCUAUGCGUCGGCGCAACUUUGGGGACGUCAAGACCGAGCAGACCGAGCAGAGCGCAUCCAAGCCACCACCUCAUGAAGUCGACUUGCCCUCUGGAGAUUCUGAUCUGGACCGUUCCCCACGGCUUCCAAAGACUGGCUAUCGUGAACAAGGCCGAACCCAAGCAGAGCCGGUCGACCUAACCUUUUCAGAUACUCCUUCCAUGCAGCGGAUGGCCUCUCGUGAACCUAGCACCGACUUUGAAGUUCUUACGCCUGAGCUUAACCCAACCCAUCCACAGACUCCGAAGAAGCAGCAAUUUAGAACUUCCAGCAUCGUGUCGCUGUCCUCGGCAGAUCCUGCAUGUCAUUCUUCUCCACACCAUUCUGGACUGCCUGAGGUCGAGGACGUACAGGGCAUAAAGGAUACAAAAUGGUCAACGAUUAACGCUGUCUCUGAUCGCCGCAGAGCGCUGGCGAAAGCUGUUUACGAGCUCCAACCAGAGACUUUCCAUCGUCUAUCCACGUUUGUUGCAAACCGACGCCAAUUCAGCAAGCGUCGAAAUGUGAUUUUCGACGGCCUGUUAGCAUUAAGCGAAGAGGACGGCAGCAUCAAAGGCGUCAAUGACAAAGACCAACGCUGCGCACAACUCGUGGUCUUAUUGUACAUGACAUAUGUUCAUGGUCAAAACAUGCUGGAAAAGUCUGCACAUUCACAGGCGCACCGAGAUCGUGCCUUCGAGAAUAUGGAAUCAGCGGUUGAUCCUUUCUACGCUCUCCUGCGUCAAGUUAUUCAGUCCUUUGAUGAUCUUCCCGCAACUAAAGCGGGGGACACAAAGAAGAGAAAGAGAGCUGGCGCCUCUUCAGAUGUGGAGAUAGUGGAAGACAACGGGCUUGAAGAUAUAUCAAGCGACCCUUUGGAUCGUGACGCUCCGCCAUCAUCACACAAAAAGCGCAAGCGCAAGGUCCACGAUAGUCGGAAGGCUCUUGAUAUGCAGCAGAGUGACCAGAUCCGAAUCCAAGAGCAGGAGCGACGACGACAACAAAUGGCCAAGAAGCUCGCGCAAAUGUCGCAAGCAGGAGAUUAUAGGCAACCGGUCAACACCACGGAGCCGUACAUCUACCUCCACCCUGAGAUCUCCAAGCGCAUCAAGCCACAUCAGCUCGCCGGGAUUCAAUUCAUGUGGCGUGAGAUUAUCGAGGAUCCAAAACAUCAAGGUUGUAUCCUGGCACAUACUAUGGGACUUGGAAAGACGAUGCAAGUCAUCUCUCUCCUUGUCACUAUAUCCCUGUGUAGCCAGGACAGUGAUCCGAAAGUUCGGGAUCUCAUCCCAGCUCCGCUUCGGACAAGCAGAACUCUGGUUUUAUGCCCUGCGUCUUUGGUUGAGAAUUGGCUUGACGAGCUGGCCUUGUGGACGCCUCGCGACAACCCCGAUAUUCUCGGGAGGGUCCAUCAUCUCCACUCAUCAGACCCAUGGACACUUAGGCAGUGGUCCAAGAAUGGUGGAGUCUUGGUUACGAGCUACGAGAGAUUUCGAAGAAUGAUUACGACCAUGACGACGCAAAAGGCAAAAGGAAACGCACCCUCGAUUGAUGUGGAAAAGAUCCUGUUAGAAUACCCUACCCUAGUUGUUGCAGACGAGGCCCACAAACUGAAGAACCCGGGCUCGAUCUUGAACUCACUGGCGAAACGCUUCAAGACAACGAGCCGUAUUGCAUUGACCGGAUCGCCUCUCAACAAUCAUCUGGAAGAAUACUUUACUAUGGUUGAUUGGAUUGCUCCUGGCUACCUUGGUACCAUUGUGAACUUCCGUUCCAAGUACUCGGAACCUAUCAACGAAGGGCUGUACAGCGACAGCACGCCCUUUGAGCGACGAUUGUGUCUCCGCAAACUGCACGUCCUCAAGCGUGAUCUGGAUCCUAAGAUCGAUCGAGCUGACAUCUCGGCCAUCGCGAAAGACAUGCCCACCAAGACCGAGUUCUUCAUUACCGUUCCACUUACCGAGUUGCAGACGCGAGUUUACAACAUUUAUGUCAAAUACAUGCUGGAGACUUAUCGCCUACACAACUCAAGAACGCUGAACGCUACCAUCUGGGACUGGAUUUCGAUGUUGUCAUGGCUCUGUCAUCAUCCGUCCUGCUUUCUCGUGAAACUCAAAGAGAGGAUUGAAAAGCAAAAAGGACAUCUGAUCGAAAAGCAAAAAGAAGAGCGCCUUGAAAAGCAGAAGGCAGACAGUCGGGACUUGACUACAUCUACUGAUGAAGGUGGCGACGCCGCUGCCGCUGCCGCAGCACCAGCAACGCAAGAGGACAUCGCUGCACCUCCAGAAACCCUGAAGGAGGACACUCAGCUCGACACCGAAGGCCCUCUGGCUGUGGCGAUGCGUGAGGUAUUCGAGAUCUUGGAGGAGGUGGACAAGCCCGGACUGAUAGACGACCCAUCACUUUCCUAUCGGACCUAUGUUGUCCAGCAGAUCUUGAAAGAAGCAAACGCAAACGGUGACAAGACCCUGCUCUUCACUCACAGCCUCCCGACAUUGAACUAUCUCGAGAGGAUGCUGAAUGACAUGCAGUAUCCAUAUUUCCGACUGGAUGGCUCGACUGCUGUCUCGAAGCGCCAAAAUUCGACCAAAGCGUUCAACAAGAAGGAUGACUCGCAGGUCUUUCUCAUCUCUAUGAAAGCGGGUGGUCUCGGACUCAAUCUACAAGGCGCCAAUCGUGUCAUUAUCUUUGACUUUAGCUUCAACCCGUCAUGGGAGGAACAAGCCAUUGGCCGGGCGUUUCGUCUUGGCCAGACGGCGCCGGUAUAUGUCUAUCGCUUUCAGUCCGGGGGCACUUAUGAAGACAUACUCUUCAACAAGGCCGUAUUCAAGACCCAACUUUUUGGACGCGUGGUUGACAAAAAGAACCCCAAGCGACAAGCGACAAAGUCACGAAUGGCUUACUUGUUUCCGGUCAAAGAUGUACCCAAGCUGGACUUUGCUGAGUGUUUGGGAAAAGACCCCAAAGUUCUUGAUGUAGUCAUUGAGCGCAUAGACUGCGUUCGAAGCAUCGUGCUAACGGAGACCUUCCAGAAGGAGGAUGACGAGGAACUCAACGAGGAAGAGCGGAAUGAAGCCGAAGAGGAGUAUCGUGAUCAACGUCUAAUGCGCGAGGAUCCGGUGGCGUGGCAGGCCAAGCAGCUUAAGGCUCAAGCAGAUUAUCGAGCGCAGCUUCAAGCCGAGAAUCAAGCCCGGCAUGAAGCCCACAUGGCCGAUGUGUAUGCAGUGCAGCAGCGUCUUGCCGCAGCAAACCAAUUCUGGAAUCCGAGUGCUCCUAUGCAGUAUGGCCCACCGGUUGCAGGUGCCAUGAACACUAUGCAGUAUUGGCCUAACCCGGCAUACUCUACUGAACAAACCAUUGCGACUCCUAUGGGCAACCUGCCACUAUCCAGCUUCCCACCACCUCCGUUCACCAGAGCAGAUUUCGACCUGCCACGUGCUGUUAAUCAACAGGCUCCUUCGGCUGCAAAUGCGCGCAUGGCCUAUGAUGACACUUUUCAGGAUUUUCCCCAGCAGCCUCCGAACACUCGUCGGGCCACUAGUGCAGAUCCUGACAUUGAGAUGGAAUGAUUGCCCGCACACCGAACAGGACGGACAACCAGUGGAGUGAUUCAGAAGAGCAUGCUGUUUUGACGAGGGGUCGAGUUUUCCACGAGUUCUGUCACCUGUGGAUCAGAUGCACAUGGAGUGGAUUGCACAGUUCUAAUGGCCGGCUUUUGCACAAGAGGCGCUGAAGGUUUCCUUUUUUUUCUUUUUUCUGUCAUGUAUGAUCAUAGGUUUUUUUUUGAUCGGCGGCUGGGAUUGCUUUUUUUUGCACCAAGAGAUACCCCUUCUGUACGAGUUCAGCCUUACUUUUUCUACCAGCAUCGAAAUGGGGUUGUCAGGAUUACUUUUUUUCUUCUCUCGCAGGGAGCAUGGCACAGCAUGGCGGCGGCGCACUUUAUUGCAUGGGCGUGGGUUUCUUUUCAGGCGAAAGGGCAACCGGUCAAAAAGGCGAAUGGAUUGAUGACGGUUAUGAUGGUUCACGGUGACGAACAUGAUCAAGAAAAUCAAUGAUGCCCAACUGAAGCAUGCAGUGAGAGAUGGAGUAGCCAGAGCCAAAAGUUUUGUACAGCAGAUAGACGUGGAGCUUUGCAUUCAGACUGCGAAUUGUGAGAAUACAGUAAUCAAUGGAUAGAAAGGAUAAGUUAG